AUGGCAGAAGAACAAGAGUCAAAAUUUGAUCGGUUGAUGAAGAUAAUGGAAAGAAUUGAAGUGCAGCAGUACAUGAAUCCGGAAAAGGCGCCGAAUAUCAUCACAAUUCCUCCUGUCUUCCAGGUCAGUCAACCUCCGAUCUUGACCAAUCAACCGGAAUUGGAAAGGUUACAGGUCAGUCCGAUGGCGGAAAAGAUCUUCUUACCCACAACUUCUCUUAAUCCGGUACGUAAUAACCCGAAUUUGGAUCCACGCACUGGCGGUACACGUCAAUCGAGUUACACGAUAUCUCAGCCUGUUAAUAGCGGGGAUAAACAUUAUGGGAAUGUAGAUGUUGCUUGUGGUUAUAGCUGUAAUCAGAAUAAUGUUAAUAAAGCUAGUAAGGAUAAUCAGUUAGAUAAGGAAAAUAGCAAUCCUAAUAGAACUGGUGCUAUGAAUGGUAGUGCUAAGUUCUCUGGUCACAAGGGUCCGGGAAAUCGUAAUGUUAAGAAGUUGGUGCCACAGGAAAUUUAA